UUUUCUUCCAACAAACAUUCAACACCUUGGCAACCAACUUGCCACUAUACACCUCCACGAUUCACCUCCAUUAUUCACCUCCACUAUUCACCUCCUCAACGCUCCCAAAAAUGGCCACUGUGAUUGUCUUUGGGCCGACGGGCAACAUUGCCUCCGUCGCCGCCAGAACUGCCCACCAACAUGGCGCCAAAGUCUGGCUCGCCAUGCGCGACCCCUCCAAAGUCAUCCCCGGCCUCACCCCCGAGGCCGAGAAAGCCGGCAACUACACUCGCGUCCAGGCCGACCUGAGCAAGCCUGACACCGUCGCCGCGGCCGUCAAGACCGCGGGCGCCACGCGCGCUUUCAUCUACGUGGCUCAAGGCACGCGCGACUUCAUGAAGGGCACCGCCGAGGCUCUCAAGGCCGCCGGUGUUGAGUUUGUCGUCCUGCUAAGCAGCUCUACCAUCGGCAGUACGCCGCAUACGGAGGUGCAGCCGAGCGAGUUCAUCCCGUACUCGCACGCGCGUAUUGAGGUCACCCUUGACGAGGUCUACGGGCCAGAAGGAUACGUGGCCAUGCGUCCCGGCGGCUUUGCUACAAAUUUGUUGAGGCAGAAGGAAGGCAUUCGUGCCGGGGAGGUGAAGAUGUUUGGGGCUGGGUUUAAAAUCGACUGCAUUACGCCCGACGAUAUGGGUGGGGUGGUCGGCACGAUCCUGGCCGAGGGCCGGACGCGGGAUGGGCAGAACAAGGUCUUUGUCUAUGGCCCCCAAAUCUUGUCACAGAAGCAGGCGCUGGAGAUCAUUGGCGAGGUGCUUGGGAAGGAGAUCAAGGUUUCGGGGAUCCCCGCGGAGGAGGCAAUGGCGCAGUAUCUGGCAAAGGGUGCUCCCAAGCCUAUGGCGGAGUACAUGAUAAGGGCGCUGGGGGACACCGACCCGGCCUUGGAGGAUGGUUCAUGGCUGGCACAUUACAAGGAGGGCAUGGAAAACGUGAAGAAGUACACGGGAAAGCCCGCCACUGGGUUCCGGCAGUGGGUCGAGGCGAACCCGGAGCUUUUCAAGUGAGCAUGUGGAUUGGGAGUGGGCCACUUAACCGUGCAGGAGAUGUCCCGUGGGUGACGUGUAAGAGCCCUCAGCCCUCGCUAGAUCAUCCCGUAGCGUUCUUUCAAGGGUUUUGAUUAAGAUAGACAAAGAACGAUAAACUAAACGUGCAUGCGUG